AUGCGUGCUCUCGACGCUUCCAGCUGGGGCUCGUGUGUUCGCGGCAGCGGCGGCGGGAUUGUGCGCUGGGCCGCAGCGAUGUGGUGUUACUCGCAGCUGCUGUGGCCUGUUGACGGCCCUGUGGGCGCACCACUCGCAGCGCUUUUUGGCGAACAGGCACAAUUGGCACAGGCCACCAGCAGGCUCCGGGGACUCAAUUGACUGCAGCCAUCAGAAGCCAGAAGGCCAUCUGAUGACCACGGCCAGCGACCAAACGGCGUCUUCCGUUUGGCAGACGGGCGCUUGAUCGGCUAUUCUUGCGAAACCACACCGGAUACAGGGAAUUAUUCAUCAAUUCCGGCGGCGGGCAAAACGAUUGUCGCGCGCAUCGCAUCCCGCGCGCCGUUUUGGCCCCCCGCGAACCGAUU